AAACCAGCACCACUGCUGAUUUUUGGUUUGUUUCCUUUUUUGCUCACUUUCUCAUAAUUUAGUGAAAUCCUGCCUUGAGCUUUUAUACAUUUUGAAUAAUUAUUAUACAGUUGUUUAUAAGGAAAUUAACCUCUUACUGUAAAAUUAAACAUUCUGUUUAAGGACCAUCACAUUAGCCCAGUUCUGUAGUUGUAAACUGUUUUCUAUCAUGGAUAGAAGCUAUGCUAGUGCAUUUUGUGUUUUGUCAAUACAGCUAGGUUCUUUAAAAUUUCAGACAGAUUUAAGUAAGAAACGGCUUAUUUCACAAUUUUGUGCAUUAGCUCUUUUACUAUUUCUCUGCUGAGUCUAACCUAUAAGAGGGGGGAUGACCUCUGAUCCCUGUCCUAGUGUGUUUUGUGACAUCUGAUGUUGUGUGCUCUUUAAUCCAAUCAGGGAGGGAGAGAGUGUAAUCCAUGUUAAUCCCACAUCCAGAGACGGACAGAAAGAGAGAAACCUCGGGACGCGGCAGGUCAUUAAAGAGAGACAGAACUGGCAAUGAUCUCUAAUGGCUAUGUCCCAACACUGCUUUAAUUCUUAGGCACUGUCUGGCCGUUGUCAGGGAUACCUCCCCGCAGAGACGCACGCUCAAAAGGCAGGGGAGGGCUUUGCAGGAGAGGAGACCCUCACCUGGAUCUGCAUGGAGUGAAGAGAGGGGAUGAAGGAGGAAAGCAUGCAGCAACAAGAGAAGAGGGAAGGUUACCUGUGCAGGUGCAUGUAAAGUCAAAAACCAAAGAAGGGAGGAGGAAGGAAGAGUUGGAUGAAGUUAAGAUUAAUCUUUCAGUGCAUAACCUGAGUGACCUCUGAAGCUGCAGGAUGGGCUUUGAUCUGGAGAGGUUUGUGGGCUACGUCAAUGAGGGUCUGCUCUGCUGUGUUUGUCGAGACGUGCUAGAGCGCCCCCUCCAGGCGCCAUGUGAACAUGCUUAUUGCAGUGCCUGCAUCAGCAGCUGGCUGCUCCAUCACCACUCCUGUCCUGAAGACAGGCUGCCUCUGGAUGUGAGCAGUCUCAGACCACUGUACAGGUACAUGCGUAACGACCUGAACCGGCUGCAGAUCCGCUGUGUAAACGCAGGGCAGGGGUGUGAGGUGGUCUGCUCCCUGGAGAGCCUCCACUCACAUGAGGAUGAGUGCGAGUUUGCCUUCAUAGCCUGUUCCAACACAGGUGGAGAGUAUAUUUGCUACCGUUGUGGUUGUCCGGUGCAGGUGGAGAGGCGAGGUUUGGAGGCCCACCUGUCCGAAUGCAACUUCCGCAACAGAGAGUGUCCCAACGGCUGUGGUCACACUCUCCACUCCAUCGAUCAAUCACAGCACAACUGUGUGGCAGAGCUGCGCUUGGAGGUGGACAUGAUGAGGGCGGAGAUGCUGUGCAAGGUGGAGGAGGUGAGACGAGAGAUGGAGUCUCGGCUGGACUCCCAGAGGAGACACAUGGUGCAGAAAGAGUCGCAGCUGAAGAGUGAAGUGGAGGAGCUCAAGGGUCAGUUGUCCCGUGUGAUGUGCGACAUGCGUGCUCUGCUGGGAGCAGAGCGUCUGAGGAGGCAGGAACUGGCAGAGGCAGAGCUGGAGAAGAGAGAGCUGCUGGAGCUACUCAGAGACAUCCAGCCGACCAGAAGUCAGCCUCCCGCCGAGCAGGCAGCCAGGGAUGCAAGAGACCAGCAAUCAUCCACCUGGGAAGUUCACACAGAGCCACCUCGACACCAGCAGAGGGAGGCCUCAUUGCACGCCUCUUGCCUGUCUCUGCACUCAGCUCAGGCUCCCUGUGCUGCAGGCCCUCCCGCUUCACCUCAGCUUGGGGAAGGAGUCCGUAAGGGCGGCACCCGGAGUCUGACCCUGGACUGCAUCAAGAAGAAGAGCCGCGAGGUGACAGUCAUCUGAACCCACUAGAACUGAAGAUGGCUCCAUCUAUAAUUUAUCUUUUUUAUUUGCAAGUUCCAGCAAUGAUAUAGAAAUCAAACUACACUGUUUUUGUACUGAACACUAGUUUUGAUAAAUUAUUGGCUAAAAAAACUAUUUACUUUUGACUUAGUUACUUCGUCUUCAUACCUCUAUUCCAACAGGGACUGGAAGUUGGAACAAUUUAUUCAGUUUAUUUUAAGUUAAACAAAUUAUUAAUCAUGUCAAAAUGUAAAAAUUUGGUUUUAAAAAAAGUUUAAAAUGUGAUGAAUUAAUCACAUUACAACAGAUGUAUUUUUCAGUUUGAGUAAAACUAUAAUAUUUGGAUUAUGUAGAAAAUCAUUGGUUAUUCAUUGUAAGAAAACAAUUAUGAACUUAUGGAACAAUACUGAGAAUAAUUCAUUGUUUUUGGUUUGGUUUAUAAAUUACCUAGGAAUGUUCAUUAGUAUUUAUUCAGUUGUACUACGAGAGUCAUCUCAGGAAAGGAGUGAGCUUAAUCCAUGUUAAUCCAGCAUCCAGACAGACAUACGAGUUUGUAGCCAAUGCUUUCACGAGCAUUUAGAGGAAAUUAGUCAAAUGAAAUGCAUAUACCUGUUUAUAUAUUUCAAGAUCUCUUAUGAAAUACAAGGAAUACAAUUUUAUUCCCA